AUGAGUAUGAAUGGUUUCGAUGCCCUAGAGUCCCCCUCAGUUUGUACUACCUCUUAUUGCGGUGUUCAGAAAUCUCUUGACGAAUUUAACUCGCCUGGAGAUCAGUCUGCGAGUGAAUCGGAUUUUGAAAUGCCACCCGAAUUCCCUCCUGGAACAACAGUUGGGGAUCUUGCAUCUCAUUUAGCUUGCGUCAUAUCAAACUCAUCUAAUACAAGAAGUGUCUUGGAUGAUUUUGAUGGGAAUGGUCUCACACUUUGUGGCGAAGAAUGUGAGAACUCUGAUAAACUGGAUCUCCCACUCCCCUGUGUCUCACCGAUUACCAAUGGGGGAUCUCUUGACACACUUGUUCACAAGCUAUUCCUUCGAUCACGUCUGACUGUGGUAAAUCCCCAUAUGAAACCUCAAAAUGUGAGUGUAGCAGAAAAUGAUUCGAUAGAUUUUGUAGGACCCAAACAUAUUCCUCUCAAAGAUCCAGAGUACUACUCUAACAGUUCGAGUGACGAUGACGACUUCGAUGAUUUCGCAGCGUUUCAGUCUGCCGAACCCGAGAAAAGUCCUGUUACAGAAUCUGAUCCAUCGCAAAAAGUCUCCGAAGAGUUUGCUGACUUCUCGGACUUUCAAAAACCCGUCUAUUCAACCGAAAAUAUUAUUCCUGCUUUCUCCCUCGUUAAAAAUCUCCUAGUCCACACCCAAACAGCUCUUGAAGCAGCCUUCUCAAUUGAUAAGAGAGCGGGACUCAAUACGUUUGUUCCUUCGGAGCUAUUAUCUCCCAACGCUGUUAGCGAAUUUAGAGCUCAUCUGGAAGACCUCUGGGCGAGGGCGUCCACUAAAGCUGUAAAAAAUCUUUUAAGCUCCGUUUCUGCUCAUCCAGAGUCUUUCGCCUCUCUCCACGUUUGGAAUGCCUCGAAUACAUACUCCAUGUUUCUCGGAACAAUCGGUGUGGAUUUACAGAGCACACGUCUCGCUUUACCCAAUCACGGACGUCUCAAGUUGCUUGAACCAACGCCCAUCGAAAACCACACCGUUGCUCCGGCAAAUCUAAGUCCAACCCAUUCAUCUCCGUCUGCGAAUGACGCUGCUGCCACUGAUCCUGCAUUAAAGAUUCCCGUACCCGAAUUUGACUGGUCUGCGAGUGGACUAACCAAUCCCCUUAGUCCAGAAAAUAUCAUCCAGUCCGCCUCAGAAGCUGACUUGGAGCUGUUUGAAGAAAUGCCCUCUAAAGCUACCCCGAAACCAUCUGCCCCCAUAUCAGACCUAGAGGCCGAGUUCCUUCACUCUAUUGCGCCACCACCUCAGAGCCCCCCGAUACAAAGUCUAUCCGUCACUCUUCGUUCUCUCGACGUCCACGCAGAUAAGUCGGAAAUAGCAGCAACUACGAAAGAAACCAAGGUGCUAGAACGCGUCUCAAAGGUACUGGCACUUCUACCCGAUUUUUCGUACCUCCGAAAACCCAUUCUUGCCUUCCCCGUCCUCGAUCAGACCGAUUAG